AUGGUCGAGUUCUCACUCACCUCUCGUGCCGCCCCAUGGUCGAGUUCUCACUCCCCUCUCGUGCCGAACGACAGGCGCACCAUUGUCGAGUUCUCACUCACCUCUCGUGCCGCACCAUGGUCGAGUUCUCACUCACCUCUCGUGCCAAACGGCAGGCACCCCAUGGUCGAGUUCUCACUCAACCCCCGUGCCGAACGGCAAGUGCCCCAUGGUAGCAUUCUCCCUCACCUCCCGUGCCAAACGGCAAGCGCCCCAUGGUUGAGUUCUCACUCACCUCCCGUGCCGAAUGGCAGGCGCCCCAUGGUCGUGUUCUCCCUUACCUCCCGAGCCGAACGAUAG